GUCCUGAAAAAAAUGUAUAUGACUGUUUUCAACACUGAUAAUAAUAAUCAUAGUUUCUUGAUUUCUGAAGGAUCAUGUGACACUGAAGACUGGAGUAAUGAAGAUAAUUUCAGCUUUUUAAUAAAUUACACUUUACAUUUUAAGAAUAAUUCAGUUUUUGUUGGGUUUUUAAUCAAGUAAACACAGCCUUGGUGAGCAGAAGAGGCUCAUUUUAAAAACAUAAUAAACGGUACCGACCCCAAACAUGUGAAAGGCAGUGUACAGUUCAGAAAUAUCAAUGAGAUGGUUGGGAAUGAAUCCCCUGAAUGGCAGGAGCUCAUGUUUAAACUCAUUGCCUUUCCAGUUUAGUUUCAUUUUUUUUGUUAAACUUUUCUCUUUGUCAUUUGUGUGUGUGAUUUUUAUAGUGAACAAGGCAAUUGCAGAGCCGGCAGAUGUCUGAGUGUGACCCUGUAGACAAAUAAAAGCGGCCAGCCCACGUGUUUCCCUGCUGUAAACUAUAAUCCUCUCUCUCGUCUCCAACUGAAUUCACUCGAGUUCACAGACAAAGAUCGAUCUAAUCAUGUAAAGCACAAAUGUUUAGGCUCAAAUCCUUGUUGGUUUCUACAUUUCUGAUUGAACUGCAUGCUAAUCAGACACGAGAUAAUCUACGGUAAGACGAGAUGUAGCGUUUCUGCAUGAGUGUUUUGCACACAUAUAAUGCUAGGGCUUUCCUGUCCGUGUUAUGAUAUUAGUCCAACCUCCCUUUUUGAGUAAGAAACAGUCUGAGAAUGUUCUUUUGUUCCUCUCCACAUGACUGAAAAAGGCCUGAGACGCUUUUUAACGGUCGUUUCUGUUUUUUGUUGUUGUGUUUUCCAGUUCUUUUCCCUGGUUCUGCAAGUCCUGUAAACCAGGCCCAGCAGAAAAUGCCACCCAACAGUUUUGUCUUCUGCAGCUUGUCCUGUUUCUCUCUCUCUCAUCUCUCUCUCUCUCUCUCUCUCUCUCUCUCUCUCUCUGGUGUGUGUGUGUGUGUGUGUGUGUAAGUGAUGAUUGUAUUGUUUGGAGUGAAUAUGAAUUUCAGAGGUGCUCUCCCAAUGGACUCAUGCACUCACUAGACAUUCAUGUCUUUUAGCUAUUGAUUAUUAUUAUUAUUAUUUUUUCUUGAAACUGGGCUUUUGCUGGAAAACGUCUUUUUCAUUUAAAGUCUCAAUCCAGCACACACAUUCAUUAGACGAGUUUAGAUGUGCUUCAAAAGGUAAAGGCAGUUUUAGCUUUUAAAUAACCAGCAAAAGCCCCCUAAACAAAUGUUUUUUUUGCAUUAGUCAUGGUAAGUCACACCAUCAGUGGAUUAAUGAACUUGUCAUUUGAUGCUGACACCCAAAUCAUAAACUCUGUUUUGUCUAUCUUGAUGUCUCUGUGUGCUUUAUAGCGAAGCAGCCGACCUGAGUCGCUUGUUCAUUAUACAACUUAUGAAACUUGAGAGCACAUCCCAGUGGAGAUCCGGCUGUGCUUGCUUACAUUUGGUUCAUGACUUAAAAAAUCAAGUUCAGGGGUGAUUCCUGACGAGUCCAAGGCUCUGUCACUGCUCGCUCCAGCCAAUGCCGUCGCAGGGUUACUGCCAGGAGGCGGACUCCUCCCGACGCCCAAUCCCGUCACGUCUAUUGGUGGUGUUUCUCUUGGUGGUCUCGGAGGGCCGAACUUGGACCCGAUGGCAGCUCUGGCAAUGGCGGCGCCCAAUAUAAACCCUCAGACUCUGUCGGCUGAGCAGCUUAUGAAGCUUAUGGCAUCCAUUGACCCCAAGCUGAACCCUCUCGCCGCUGGGCUGAACCUGACCCCGGGACUGAAGGCGGACGCCUCCAAUAAAGAGAUCGAAGAAGCCAUGAAGAGAGUGAGAGAGGCACAAUCUCUGAUCUCCGCCGCAAUCGAGCCUGGGAGUAAAAAGGAUGAUAAACGCAAGCGCUCAAGAUCCAGGUCCAGAUCCAGACGCAGGAGGUCCAGGUCCCGCUCCAGACACAGGCGCUCUAAGAGUCAUUCUAGACGACGGUCCCGAUCCAGGAGCAGGAGGAGGUCAAAGAGCCCGAGGAGGAGGAGGGCCGAUUCACGUGAUCGCAGCAGACGCUCCAGAUCCAGAGAUCGGCGGAAGGAGGAAAAGAUCCGGAAACGUUCAAAAACUCCCCCGAAGAGCUACAGCAGCGCCCGACGGUCCCGCAGCACCAGCCGGUCCAUGAAAACGACUAAAAACCAGGAUCUUACAAGCAAACGGCACAGGAGAAGUCGCAGCGUGUCUCGAUCGCCAAAGAAGUCUCGCUCUCCCAAGAGAAAACUGUCCCGCUCCCCGUCUCCUCGCAGACACAAGAAAGAGAAAAAGAAGGAUAAAGACCGCGAGAGGGACCGUGACCGAGACCGAAAAGACGACCGGGACAGGACUCGUGAAAAAAGGGAACGCUCCACCAGCAAGAAGAGCAAAGACAAAGACAAGGACCGAGAUCGAGACCGCAAGUCUGACAGCGAGAAGGGAGACGUGAAGCUAAAUUCAAUAGGAGAGAGAGCGGCAUCAGCACCGGUGACCAGAGAUUACGAUGAGGAAGAGCAGGGCUACGAUAGCGAGCAUGAAGAAGAGCGAGAGAGAAACUCAGACGCCGCUUCAUCGCCGCAGGUCAAAGAGGCUCAAGUAGACAGUGCUGACGAUGCGGGUCGUGGCGAAUCGGAUGGAAACAGUGAAGACCAGCGAGACGAAGACAUGGACAUGAGCGACUGAAACGGCCCUUUCCCACUGAUCAGUGUCUGAGAUGUAUUGUUAAAUAGAGUUCAGAUGAAGGAAAGCUCGUCCUAGAUCAUUCUACUAACUUUCCUCUCUGAACUCACUCAUUCCCCUUUGGUUUUUUUAAAACUCUGCAUCCUCAGAAUCUGCUGUAUUUACUGGUACAUCCUCGUCUUAAUGUUCUCUCUGAUUUUAGAGCUGUUUCUUUCCCCAUGGCUGAUGUGGAACGGUGUUAUACUGUAAAUUUAGUGUAGAAAAGUCGAUUUCUCCCUGAAAACAACCAUUCGCUGUGUCUGUUUGCAGUUUCUAUUUAAAGCAAUUACCUUCUGAUUAAAGUGCUUGGAUAACGUUGUCAAGCAGUGUUUUUUUCUUUUUCUUCUUUUAAUGAUAUUGCAUUCGUUUUUUUAUAGUUAGCCUGAGUUAGGUGGAAGAUGUUUGUCUUUUUAAAGUUGCAGAACGUUUGUGAAACAUGUAAACUGGAUUACUUUCUCUCGCAGGUCUUUAAACAGUCCAGCUGUAUCUGCUGCGAUGUGUUUAUCUGUAGUGAACACACCGUCAUCAUAGACUGUAGUUUGCUAAGAAACUGAUUUAUCUGUACGGUUUGCAAUGUUACAAAAAUAAAACUUCAUAUAAAA